AUAAAAGAAAGUCAGAAGGAGAAGGCGUGGGCGUAAAGAGCGUGGGAGUAGGCGUGGAAAGGGCGUGGGAAGGGCGUGUCUGGCAGGACUGGGAGGAGUGUCAAGUCUGCCCUGUAAACAAAGUGUGCAGUGUGCCCAGCCUACCCCUGCCACCGGUCCACAAGAGCCAGGGAACACAAUGGGGGGUAGCGACAUGCAGUUCUGCCUGCGAUGGAACAACUUUGGCACCACGAUGACGGCCGCCCUGCACACGCUACACGAGGGUGGCGACUUUGUAGACGUCACAUUGGCAGCUGAUGGGAUGCAGCUCAAGGCACACAAGCUCAUCCUGUCUGCCUGUAGCCCUUACUUCAGAGACAUACUAAAGAACAACCCCUGUCCCCACCCGGUGAUCAUCCUCCGAGAGGUGCCCAUAGAAGACCUGGAAGCAGUUCUUGCCUUCAUGUAUGAAGGUCAAGUUAACGUGUCCCAGACUCGCCUCCACACCUUCAUGAAGCUGGCCGAGGCCCUGCAGGUGCGCGGCCUCACCGACACACAGAAUGCCCGAGCAAGGAUAGAAAAGGAAAUGUUCCAGGACUUGCUGCCGGGCUCUGAGGUGGCACAUUCUAAUCCAGUGGUAGCUGCGGCAGCAGCAGCAGUCGCUGCAGCAGUCAGCAGCGCAAAUGAAAUAACUGUACCAAUAGUUUCACACACCACAGCACAGUCUCCGUCGACCAGAUCACGGGCCCAUGAGUCUCCACCCCCUCCAGCCAAGCGCAGGAGGUCCUCACCCAACCGGGAGAGGAGGUCUACAGUUCCCGAGGAGGACCACACUCUUGAGGAUCAGGGAGACAAUAAGAGAGAUAUUCGUAACUUAUUGGAGGUGAAGUUAGAACCUGACGAAUACCCUGAGGAUGAGCUGGAGCAGGAGCUAGAGCCACCGCCACCCCCCCCUGAGGUGAGCUUCAUGGAGCAGCAGCCGGAUGUGAGCCUCAAGAACCUUGGAGUGGCCACCACCUCGGUCAAUGUGCCCUCAGCCUUCCUCUCCCACCAAGGCUCUGAGAAGGCCAGCCAUCACAUCAUUCCCAGAAGGAAUUCCCAUGAAAAAACAUCCGCUGCUGCUAACCUUCAACCAGAGUUUCCACAAGACCCCUCUUGUCAAAACCUGCCGUAUCCCUGUCCAUUCUGCGAGAAGGCAUAUACUUCCUGGGGCUUCAGGAGGCGCCACAUCAAGGGCUACCACACCUCCUCCCCCGAGCUGCCUUGCAAGUGGUGCUUCACUAUCCUGCCCUCGCACCAGGACUGGGCAGAGCAUGUCACCAGGCGACACAACCUGGCAGUGGGGGACGCCCGCAAUGGCCUGCUGAUCCUGGAGGAGGCCCACAUGGUGCUGCAGAUCGCCCAGCCCACCCGCAUCGACUCUCUCAUGGAACUCAUCAAAAACAAGAAGGACAAGGACAAGGACGAGGAUGACCCGGCCAAGAAGGACAGUAGUGAGGGCAAGGAGGCAGAACAGAGCCAGAGUAAAGAUGCUGGGGAGGGGAGCAAGUGAGACUUGCUGGAAUGAUUCCACUUCUAUAUUUUUCCAUUCAGGGAUAACACAUCCACAUUAGAACUUUGUAUUAUAAAAUAUUUAACAAUAUGUGUGUGUAAGGAGUGUGUGUAUGUGUAUAUGUGUGUGAAGGAGAUAAGUCACCAUCUUUUUAGGAAGCGGCUUCAGGAGUGCCUUCAGGUGCAGAUAUAUUGCCAUACAGACAUGUGAUAUUAUACUUCAUGUUGGUUUGUCUCCCUAAUUGGAUGGACUGAGAAAGUGUGCAGUGGAGUGAUAAAAAGUGUGUGAAAGGAAAAAGUGAGUUACCUCAUUUACUUUUUAUAAUACAAAGCUUCUGAGUAAGAAGCUGCUGUUUAAAUGAUUUUUUUCUUUCUUUUCUGAAAACUUCCAUUACUCCCUCCCAGUGAUGUUUAUUUAGUUUGGUUUAACAGAUGCAUUAUAAUGUUUUGAUUAUAACUUCCUACCCUUUACCAACAAAGCUAAAUAACUGUAUAGUGAAGUUAUAUUUUUAGAAACUAAUAAGAAAGAUUCCUUAAUAUUUUGGUGUGUGUGGCGCGGCCUCACGGAACCAGUGUGCAGAGCGUGUGUGUGCCGCCCCUGUGCUGCGUCUGGCCAGUGAUGUGAUGUGGCAACUUUACCGUCAGAGUUCUCUUGUUUAGGGUCCCCUUUUGCCUUCCAUUUUGGGAAAAAAUGCCUUACUGAAGUGUCCUCUGAGGGAAAUUUUUUAUAUUGACAUCACAGUAACUAAUAUGAAUGGUAAUGCACAAAGUAAUAAUAGUGUAAUUGUAUUUAUUCUGAAAUCAGUAUAGGGCCUCAUGUCUAAAGUUAAUUUAACUUUUGCCAAUACCUAACAAAAAAUGUAUUUUUAUACUGAGUUAGUGGCAAAUAAAUAUUUUUUUGUUCAAUAUAUAACACAAAAUACUA